AUGGCUCAAGCAAAUGGUCUUUUCCUUUCAGGCGUUGUCAAUUAUACUAAGAUCUUUUUGCAACUAGACAAGGGACAUGCAUUUAACUCAACAUCUUCAACCCUGGCAGAAUCAGAAAAAGAACCACAAACAGAUGAAGGAUAUACAUUGACCAAACUCUCCCAAGAUGAAAUAUUGGUCGAAUUCUCAAAUCAAUCAGCCGCAAACCCUCCCAACUGGACUGCUAAUAAAAAAGUGUACAAUGCCAUCGUGGCAUUCAUCGUCGCAGUCAACAGCGGCAUCUCAACAGCCUUACCCAGCAACGCCGUACCCGCCAUAAUGCAGCAAUUCUCCCAAUCCGGUUCUGAACUCAAAGUCCUCCCUACGGCUUUAUUCUUAGUAGGCUAUAUUAUUGGGUCGAUGGUUUUUAGUACUAUGAGUGAAUCCAUAGGACGAAAACCCGUUCUGUUGGGCACGUUUUCAGUAUUUGUGUUGGCAACCCUCGCGUGCGCUUUUGCGCCCAGUUGGGGCGCUUUUCUCGCUUUUAGGGCUAUUUGUGGUCUUGCGGGUGCUGCGCCGCAGACCGUUGUUGGGGGGUUAUAUGCGGAUAUGUUUUUUAAUGAGCGGACUCGUGGGCGGGCGAUGGUUACGUAUAUGUCGGCUGGGAGUUUUGGGCCAAUUCUAGGACCGAUUAUCUCUGGAUGCUCUGUUCAAUAUGGUUGGAGAUGGACGUUUCGGAUCAGUCUUAUCAUGACGGGUACCACCUGGAUAGCUCUCCUAUUCACAUCUGAAACCUUCGGACCAGCCCUAUUGAAACAACAAGCAUGCAAACUUAGGAAGAAAUGGGGAAAUCGAUACUUUUCCCGCGAAGAACUGUACCCUGACUCGACUUUUACAACGACUCAAAUCAUCGUCAGACCUAUUACGAUGCUCUUCACCGAGCCGAUCAUUCUGUCGACUACACUAUACAUUGCUAUUGCCUACAGCUUAGUGUUUUUCUACUUUCAGGCAUAUCCCAUUAUCUUCGAGGGAAUCUAUGGACUUGACGUCAAAUCCGCCUCUCUCACUUAUAUCCCAAUCGGCAUCGGCGCUUCAUCCUCCGGCGUCAUAACAAUAUGCUACGACAUGUUUUACGAAAAAGACAAAAAACUCGGCAAACCCUGGACCUCCAGUCCCGAAUUACAUCGUCUACCUCUCUCAUGUUUCUCCGGCCCUUGUCUCACAAUUAGUAUCUUCUGGCUUGCAUGGACCGCAAAAUCAAGCAUCCACUGGAUCGUCCCCGUCGCGUCGGGUCUGGUUUUCGGGUUCGGAUACCAAAUCGUUUUCACUUCACUACUGACAUACGUCACGGACGCGUACAGAAUAUACUCUGCAAGUGCCCUUGCAGCCUCUGUUGUUGUACGCAGUAUUGCGGGUGCGUUUUUACCGUUUACGGCAACCCCGCUCUACGACUCAUUGGGGGUUUCGUGGGCGACUUCUGUGCUUGGGUUUGUGAGUUUGGCUUGUUUGCCGAUUCCGUUUGUGUUGUUGUAUUAUGGGGGUGAGAUUAGGAGGAAUAGUCCGUUUUGUCAGAGGCUUGUUGUUGUUGAUGAGAUUGAAGGUAGGGAGCAGGUUUGA